UAUUUGUAACAUGGCAUUCGGUUCGGCGAAGAAGAAAAAAAACGUUUCACUUCAAUUCAUUUUGAAUUCAGUUUACCAUAGAAGUGGAACAAAGUGAGAAUGAAAGUUGUGAGUGUGUUCUUUUCGAUUGGAUUAGUCCUUGCAGAAACAUACGUUGUACGUGCACAAAAUCACUUAUUUCCACCACUACCGGAAGGUGAAUGUGGAGAAGAUGAACUAAAGCCUGAUGGUUUAACUGCAGUAUUCAAUGAAUUUUCGGAGACAUUUCCAACGUUUGAAUUUCUGGGAACAUUUCUCGAAGCACUGACCGACGAUGAAGAAGUUGUACAAGUUCUCUCGUUGCUACUGACUGAUGAUUUCAACAAUCUCCUUAACAAAAUUGGGAACAUAGACGAAUGGGUUGAGAUAACCGAUAUAUUUUGUGACGAUUUACAAUUCAAUGUAAACUUCUACUUGAAAGUCAUUGGCGAUCUAUUCAAAGUGAUUCCGAUUGAUCCGAGCACACCAAAGUCUGACCACCGUCCUAGACCUGGCGUAAUGGGUCUACUGCACGAUAUUGUCGACAUUUUGCCGCUGAACGAAUGGCAGGCGAAAUUCAACGAACUGAUCGAGCAAAAUGAAGUCGUCCGGAUUGCCAUCGACACAGUUAAAGGGGACUUGUUUAAAGCGGUUGUCGUGCAGACAUGUCAAAUGGAUGAAUUUAGAGCUCUUAGCAACAAACUUAAUUCUUUAGGUUUACCUGUCGCUUGUGGAAUGACAGCGUUGGAAAAGAUAUUGGGCUGGCCUUAUGCCACUUGUGAAUGUGGUGAUAUUCGCGUAUUGAAUAAGUGUUAGCGAUUUUUUGGUGAGGAAUGACAAUGAAAAAAAAAAACAAUUGUUGAUGGUAAUGGUGCAUCAACAAUUGCAUGUUUCAUGAAAUAAAA